AUGACGGAUCUCGUGGAAAAUGGGUCAAGUGAGGUGGAAAAGUGUGCAAAUGAAGGACCUGAAGGGAUUGCCAAGGAGCAAGAUUGGAAGGCGUUGUAUGAGAAGCUAGAACAAGAUCUUCAGAAACGCACCACUGAAAAUGAGAUCCUCAAGUCAAGGAUAGCCUGCCUGGAGAAGGAGCAAAACAACCCAUCUGAGGCAUCAAAAUCCAAUAAGAAUGAGAAGCAAAAUGACGAUAUGUUGACCAAGGCAAAGGAACUCCUAUUUGAACGUACAAAAAUAUGCAAGAGACAAGAACAGCAAAUUGAGGCGCUUAAAAUUCAAAUUGAUUCCCUAAAAGAGGUCCUGCAGGUGUCAAAGGAUAUGCUGGAGAUUCGCAACAUGGAGAAUAAGCACUUCCAGGAACAAUUUACAGCUCUGGAUGGUCGUUUGAAGAGCGAACGGGAGCAUCAUGUGAUCACGGAGAAGAAACUCAUUCUAUCCAAGCGAAUGUACGGUGAUCUACGCAAGGAGCAUGAUCUACAGAGCAGUAUCUUCAAGGAGCUUCAGGAGACAUAUAAGAGCAAAAUUAAAGUUCUCACAACACAAAUUGAGCAACUGAAAAAGAAAGAUACAGAAGAAAAUCAAACAAAUGGCAAUUGA